UUACGUCAGCGCCCCUCUGUCUCAGUCACCCCCUGCCUCCUCCAGCUCUCAGGACUCCUCAGGACUGCUCUGCUCACUUCUUAAACUUUUUAUUUUUAUUUUCCUCUCGCUCACUCCCUCCAUCGCUGGUGUCUCGGCCGCUCUCCCUCCUUUAAAGCCUCUGCUGCCCGCCCCCUCCCCUUUGGUUCGGCUCGGCUCGGCUCGGCUCGGUUCGGCUCGGUUCGGCUCGGCUCGGCUCGGCUCGGCUCGGCAUGGCGCGGAUGUCUGGUCCCAUGUCUCUCGGGGCGGUGCGGGGGGACAUGAAGCGGUCGUGGAGCCACAGUUUGGACCACAGCCUGGAGGGCGAGUCCCAGGACGCCCCCCCGCUGCGGAGCUACCUGCUCCUCACCAUCUUCACCUGCUUCUGCCCCGCCUACCCCGUCAACAUCGUGGCCCUGGUGUUCUCCGUGAUGUCCAGAAACAGUUAUUUUGAGGGGGAUUAUGAGGGUUCUCACAGGCUGGGUCAGAAGGCUCUGCAGGUGGCCAUUGCCUCCAUCAUCAUCGGCCUUCUGAUCAUCGUGAUCUUCUGCUCCGUGCACUUCACCACGAAAGACCUUUAGAUGAAAGACACUGGGGAGGCAGGGGUUGGAUGAUGUUGGGGUUUAGAACACUGUGUGGGAUCUCCCCUCUCCACCUCAGCCUAAUAACUGUCCCCCAGAAGAGGACAAUAACUGUAGCACUCCCUGAACAAUCCUAAUAAUGUACAAUCCUACUGUCCACCCUCCAGAACCCCCCCCCCCCCUCCCCCACCACCCACACACACAUACACAUCACCGCAUACACUCACAAAACAAAAUGUCCAUUGCUGAAUCAACUCUGACAGAGUCAAUUUACCCUAGAGUGUAUUUGAUGCCACUUAGGCUCAUAGAAAAAAGGAGUAACUGUUUUUGCUAUAACGGUUCGGUACAUUAAAACUACUUUCAUUUAAUAUGAACAUGUAAACAGUGGCUAACUGGCCAUAAGUUCUUGAUGAACAAAGUAAGGCACAUUAACACUUUUGUAUAUGGUCUUUCUUUCUUAAAUAUGAUUAUGGUAUUACAAAAAGUACAGUAUGUCAAUAUUUCUGCAGUUGUAGUUUGCUUAAAGGUGUUUGCAUAUGCUUAAAAGCCAUAUUCUCUAAAACAGAGUAUGGUCACAGAUCUGCUGCAAUAAAAACUACAAUGGAAUUUAUUACCUCUGCCAAAGAGGUUUUGUAA